AUGGUCAAAACGCUUCCUUUCGGUACUAUCGAGGUCCCAUCGCCAGGAUUCGGCGCAAUGGGCUUGAACUUCGGUUUUGGCAACGACUUGACUCUUGAGCAAGCCGAGCCAGUAUUGCUGAAAGCGAUCGAGCUCGGAUGCACGUUCUGGGAUACCGCAGUGGCCUACAAAGCUGGUCUGAACGAAAAACUCCUGGGAGACUUCAUCAGAAAGCACAAUGUGCGCGAUAAGGUCUUCGUCGCCUCGAAGUGCGGCUUCGAUGCCUUUGGUAAUUGGGCUCUCACCAAUUCAGCUUCGCAUAUCAAGGAGUAUAUUGAGGGUACCAUCGAGAGACUGGGGUUUGCUCCUGAUCUAUACUAUCUUCAUCGAAUUGAUCCUAACACACCCCUCGAGGAAUCGAUUCCCGCUUUGGAUGAAAUUCGCAAGGCAGGAAAGACUAAAUAUAUUGGUCUUUCAGAGUGCUCUGCCGCGACACUUCGCAAGGCCAAUUCUAUUGCCAAGGUCGAUGCAAUCCAGGCAGAAUAUUCUGCAUUUGAGACCAUGCACGAACGAAACGGGCUGAUAGAAACAGCCAAAGAUCUGGGAGUGGCAUUCGUCGCUUAUGGUCCUCUUGGCCAUGGCUGGCUUGUUGAUGAUUUCAACUAUAAUUCGCCUGAUGACUUUGCGCCCGAUGAUGCUCGCCGAAAAUCUCCUAAAUUCCAAGGAGAAAACUUCUACAAGAAUAAGUUGAUCGUCGAGGAGAUUAAGAAGCUUGCUUCACGCAAGGGAUGUACUACCAGCCAGAUCGCACUCGCCUGGGUCGCUGCCCAGGGAAUGAUUGCUAUUCCAGGAACCACUAAGCCGACACGCCUCGAGUCGAACUGGGAUUCGCGUAACAUUGAUCUUACGGAGGACGAGAAGUUGGAGAUGCGCAGUAUCAUUGAUUCUAUUAAGCCUCAUGGUGACCGAUAUGUCCCUGCCCAAGAGGCUAUGGCGGGACGGUAA